AGGAGGAGGAGUUAAAAAAAAAGACAAAGGAAACCUAAGCUGCUUAUCUAUAAAGCCAACACAUUAUUCUUACCCUUUUGCCCACACUCAUACCCCAUCAACCAAUACAUACAUACAUACAUACAUUCACCCCCACAUGAUCAAUGUCUUUCUAUACAUAAACACUACUAUAUAGUACUGGUCCAAGGGUACAAGUUGAGAGAGAGAGAGAGAGAGAGAAAGAGUUUUUGUUAGAAGAGGCAAUUUUGUGAUAUUCGAGAGAGAAAGAAAGAAAAAAAAAAGUUUCUUCUUCUUAUACGAAAAAGAAAGAAAAUAGAAAAGAUGAAGAUUUGGUGUGAUGUGUGUGAUAAAGAAGAAGCUUCGGUGUUUUGUUGUGCGGAUGAAGCAGCUCUUUGUAAUGGUUGCGAUCGCCAUGUUCAUUUCGCCAAUAAACUCGCCGGAAAACAUCUCCGUUUCUCUCUCACUUCUCCUACUUUCAAAGAUGCUACUCUUUGUGAUAUUUGCGGGGAAAGGCGUGCAUUAUUAUUUUGCCAAGAAGACAGAGCAAUACUAUGCAGAGAAUGUGACAUUCCGAUACAUCAAGCUAACGAGCACACUAAGAAACACAAUAGAUUCCUCCUUACCGGCGUCAAGAUCUCUGCCUCCCCGUCAGCCUACCCAAGAUCAUCCAAUUCCAACUCCCCUGCUGCAUUGGGUCGAGCCAAAACCCGACCUAAAUCAGUAUCGAGUGAGGUCCCGAGCUCAGCCUCCAGUGAGAUGUUUAUGAGUUCUCCUUCGACGACCACGAGCAAUGGCCACUAUGGGAUAGAGGAAAAUUAUCAUCAAGUGAGCGAUUCGGGGUCUGGAUCGGGUUGUACGGGUACAGGUAGUAUAUCGGAGUAUUUGAUGGAGACAUUACCAGGUUGGAGAGUGGAGGAUUUGCUUGAACAUCCUUCCUGUGUCUCCUAUGAGGAUAACAUUAUUACUAAUAACAAUGAGAACUAUAGUGUUUAUGAUGGUUCUUCACAAUACCAUCAUCAAGGGUUUUGGGAGCAAAAACCCUUUUCUUGAAUUUUUUUUUUGUUGAACUAUAGUUUUUCUCUUUGAAGUUGGUGUUUGUGAUCAUGAAUUCAAACCAACUUGUUGUCUCCAUUUUUACUAUUUUUCGUUCUAUCUUUAUAUUAAUAAGAAAUUGUUUUCUUGUUUGUCAA